AGGACGUGGCGACUGUCCUUCCGUGUCCUGUGUAGGCUCAGCCCCCCUACUACCCACCCACCCCAGACUCUAGUCACCCCCUCAAGGAACAAACCAUCUCAACAAGACCUUGUGAUCAUGUGCCGUGAACUGUAACAGCCAGAGACACUAGAGAGAGAGACAUCUGUUGUUAGUGCCGCGAUAACUCUCCCAAGAACAAGGAUAGUGGUAAAUGUAAGAGAGUGCCAAGCUAGAGAGAGUGCCAGUGCCAAUAACCGUUAUCUGGGCAGCAGCAGGUGGGAGACGCUCAGGCAAUGACGUCCCUGCUCUUCCCACCACAACAAGACAACUUAGUCCCGGGCGAGGAAGGCGAUCGUUCCUUCCGUGACCUGUGUGACUUGAGCGAGGCUGACUCCGAAGGUGGGUCAGUGUCUCCCCGUGACCCUCUGUCCUCGCCACACGCCCACCGCGGCUCCUCCACGCCCACCAACGCAGACGCCCACGAUCUCAACAUGAACGCUGCAGGUGCAGCGGCAGAGCUGAGUGCGGCCGCCGAGAGAUUCAUUACACAGCAGCUGUCAGCUGUGCCCCUGGAGCUGGAGGUGCGGCCCUCUAGCACGGGCGUAGGCGUGGGCGUGUGGACCAAGCAGAACAUUGCCCGAGGCACCCGCUACGGCCCCUUCCUCGGCAAGUGGACAGCCAACGCUAAAGACCCUGGCCUCGCAUGGGAGGUGGUGUCGAUGCGGUCAGGGCUGCGGGGAUGGCUGGACGCGGGCGAGAUGGGCAACUGGCUGCGGCAUGUUAGAGUCGCAGUCUCACCUGUGUAUGGCAACUUGCGUCACCUCUUAUUGGCUGGUCAGAUCUUCUACGAGGCAGUGCGUGACAUUCCACCUUCAGAAGAGUUACUCCUCAUCCGCAAGGCUAUCAUAGACCUGGACACCACAGCCAUAGAUGACCAUGUCGAGGUAGGCUCCCCCGAGGACCGCUCCGAGAACACAGGUGACGACGAGGAGGAGGAGGACGAGGACGAUGAGCUCUCCAGGUUCAGGUGUCUCCAGUGUGACAAGAACUUCACUGACUAUGACGAACUGGACGACCAUCUGGUGACCGCCCACGGGUACGCCGCCGGCCAGUACCGCUGUGACUACUGCCCGAGAGCCUUCGCCUGGCGCCCCAACCUCAUCCAGCACAAGACAGUUCACGGAGAGUUCAAGCGGUACCCGUGUGAGAACUGCCCGCGGGUGUUCACGGAUCCUAUGGUCCUGCAGAAACAUAUCCGCAACCAACACGCUGGGGCGCGCUCCCACGCCUGCCCUGAGUGUGGCAAGACCUUCGCCACCAGCUCCGGCCUCAAGCAGCACACACACAUCCACUCCUCCGUCAAACCGUUCCAGUGCGAGGUUUGCUUCAAGGCCUACACGCAGUUCAGCAACCUGUGCCGCCAUAAGCGCAUGCACGCCGACUGUCGCCUGCAGAUCAAGUGUACUAAGUGUGGGCAGGCGUUCUCCACAGUGACGUCACUAGCGAAGCACAAACGAUUCUGCGACACUGCGCCAUCACUGUCUCUAACGCAUGGCCCCCCCUCCAUGCACGACAACAAGCAAUCUCAUACCGGUCUGUCCAUGAGUAACAUGUCGUCUUCACCACCAAACCCGUUCAUGAUGUACCCACGACCCCCGCUGCCCCUCCUACCACACUCACUUUUACCAGGUUAUCCCAUGUUCCCUUCCCUUCCCUCCCUCGUGGGCGGACCUCAACACCCUCUCCUCACUUCCUCCCUCCUCUUACCCUUCCAGAACGCGAGCUCUCGUGACCAUUCUUUUUCAGUUCUUAAAGAGGAGAAAGAGUGUAAUGACAUUGGUAGUUCCAUGCAAGUAUCUCCACGACCUGAGUCCACAGAGUCUGCGACGAGGGAGCCCGCCUCCUUACAGCCACCCCCUCGACUCUCUCCUUCCCACUCACCAAAGCAAGCAUCAGUAUUUCCCAUGAGGGAGUCCCCACGUAGAUCAGAGCCCAACGACGUCUCUGAUGAUCACAGGGAACUUCCAGAGUUCCGGCGCCGGACUCCAGAGCCGCUUAAAAAGGAGGUCGUGGCAGAGUCAACUCGGGGGCCUGUCGAGAGAAAGGAACAGCCACUGGACUUGACUCUCCGGCGUAAAGAAGAGAGAGAGGAACUGUUCCUCGGCAGGUUCGACAUUCUCUCCCACAGUAGCGACUCUGCAGAAGAGAGGCUUCGCUCUCCUGCGCCGCCCGAGGUAAAAUCAGUAGAAGAGCCACGGCCACGCCCAGACCACCCCUUCCUACGCAUUAGUGAGCUACUGAAAGACACAACCACAACCUCCGUCACCCCAGCUCCGCCCCAGCCACCCUCAUUACUAGACACGCCCACCAAACUGCCUCUGGCAUAUCCUCGACCUCUUCACCCCGCAGCUCUCCUCGAUAUGUACCGCACCCUCGACCGCAGCUUAGACCGCAGUCCAUUAUUGCCAGGGGGCGGCCUGGCGGGCAGCCGCUACCCUAUGCUACCACCCUACUUCCCUCCCACUAGCAUGGCUGGUAUGGGCCUCGGGCUCAACCGCAACACAGGUCUUGAUAUGCUGAAGGCUCACAUGUCUAGCACAGGACGUCCUUACGGAGACAUUAGUCGCCCCUACGACCUGAUGGGCUCACAUAUGCCUCGCGCUAAGGACCGGUACUCCUGUAAGUUCUGCGGCAAAGUGUUCCCGCGCUCGGCCAAUCUGACCCGCCACCUGCGGACUCACACCGGGGAGCAGCCCUACAAGUGUAAGUACUGCGAGCGUUCCUUCAGCAUCUCGUCCAACCUGCAGCGUCACGUCCGCAACAUCCACAACAAGGAGAAGCCCUUCAAGUGUCCGCUGUGUGACCGCUGCUUCGGCCAGCAGACCAACCUUGACCGACACCUCAAGAAACACGAACUUGAAGGACCUAAUCCACCGGACUCCCCCGAGGCUCCAGACUCCAGCAGCUCCGCCGUCGACACGUCAGCCAACUUCUUCAGCGACGAGAUCCGUUCCUUCGUGGACAAGGUAACGGACUCCACCACAGACAGUGUUGUCGGCGACGAGGAGGCGGUGGACGAGGACGACGAUGACAAGGAACAACACAUCGACGUGACUACCUCGAACGACGACAGCGUUAGCGCCGAGUGUGCGGUCAAGAGGGUCCGAGUGGAGUAGCAGACGUUGGUGUAGAGUUAUAACUUAAAAAAAGCCAAAAAGAACCCCGAGGUGGGACUUGUACAUAAAAGACUGACGAAGGCUCAGACACACGCAGACGCGGGGCUCACAUUGUCGUGAGUGACGCGUCUCACACUGCGGGCUGGACUGAGGAUCACCCGCUAAGACACCAGAGGAGUCGACUUCAUCCGUGAUCAAAGUAAAAAUCCCAAAUCCCGGUUAUGUGUGUAUCUCUCAACCCCCCUCCCCUCCCCUACCUUGGGGGGAGGGGAGGGGAAGGGGGACUAAUGCACACAAUUUCUCAAGGAUCUAAAUCAAUUUACACAUAAGGAAGAGUUUUUCUUCCUUAUGAUCAAAGAAAAUUAUCCUGUAAAUAAGUAGAUUGUAUAAAUAAAAGAAGUAUUUUCAUUCAGCAUUCAGAAACAAAAAAUAAUUGCUUCACUGGUUAGAGGAAAUUUUAUCACGUUACCAAAGACAGAGAAAUAAUGACUAAUUAAACAAAAAUAAUAACAAGAGCAUCCCAUUAAUCAAUUCAGGUUGUGUAUGUGUCAAUUCUUUCAAUUAAUCUAAAGGAAACAAACAUGAAAGAAAGACUUCAAUCAUCUAUCGUGUAUGAAACUAGAAUACACCAGAAACUCAACGUUGAUAAUCCUGGUGCGUUCGUGUUCAGUUCGUGUCUUUAUUUUAAUAUUUAGAAUAAAUGGGUCACCUCUGCAGAUAAUGUUUUUUUUAUAUAGAUUUUCCAUGUUUGUCCUUUUUCUGCCUCUUGUGAAAUUUUUUCCAAUAACCCCAAUAAUUAUGAUAGGCCAAGAGUCGCUAGGUGUGAGUUGUGUGCAAUGACCUUAACUGUAUUCAUUUUUAACUUAUGCUCUGUAGUUAAUGUAGAUGUACAUAACCCGUUGAUAAAUUAUAUUUUGUUAAUAAAAAAUGAACUGUUUU